AUGGAAAAUUAUUGGUCUUUGGAAAGGUCUGAAAAUCAAAUUUCAAGUGCUUCCAGGUCAGGUAGACCAUCUAAAUUGACAGAAAGACAUAUUAAACAACUUGUUAAAGUUGUAAAUGAAGAUCGUCAGUAA